UUCACACAUUCUCAGAUCAAAUGCACUGUCGAGUGGUCGGGCCUAUUUAAGGCUUUCUAAAGUUAGAAUUAAACCCGUUGGGGCAAAGCAAAACAUGGGCUUGUAGUUACAUAGAACGUUAAACAUUUUCGAGUGAUCUGUGAAUCCAUCCUCACGUUGAUUUAGUCUCGCAGCAGAGCGCAUAUCGUCGGAUUCGCGGCCGUUGCGGAGGGAUUGUUAUGACAUUCUCUUUGUCUCAAGCUGCACAAACCUGAGAGCAUAUUUCGUUCCGAAAGAGGCUCUUUCAGCGUUCCGUGCAAAACGAGUUAUUUUUAACGACAUAAUUCUUUCUCGUUCCUACCGACCUGAGCAAGGCACUGAAACAUGUCGUUGCACGGCAAACGAAAAGAGAUUUACAAGUACGAGGCGCCAUGGACGGUUUAUGCCAUGAACUGGAGCGUCCGACCCGACAAACGCUUUCGACUUGCGCUCGGCAGCUUCGUCGAAGAAUAUAACAACAAGGUCCAGCUGGUUGGUCUUGAGGAGGAGAGCUCUGAGUUCGUAUGCAGGAACACCUUCGAUCACCCGUAUCCCACCACCAAGAUCAUGUGGAUCCCUGACACCAAGGGUGUCUAUCCAGACCUGCUGGCCACCAGUGGAGAUUACCUACGCAUAUGGAGGGUGAAUGACACGGAGACCCGUCUAGAAUGCCUCCUGAAUAAUAACAAGAACUCAGAUUUCUGCGCACCUCUGACCUCUUUUGACUGGAAUGAAGUGGACCCCAACCUUCUGGGCACCUCCAGUAUUGACACCACCUGCACAAUCUGGGGUUUAGAGACAGGACAGGUUCUGGGAAGAGUCAAUCUGGUGUCAGGCCACGUCAAAACACAGCUAAUUGCUCAUGACAAAGAGGUGUAUGACAUCGCAUUCAGCCGUGCGGGUGGUGGACGGGAUAUGUUUGCGUCUGUGGGGGCAGACGGUUCUGUGCGCAUGUUUGAUCUACGGCACCUGGAGCACAGCACCAUCAUCUACGAGGACCCUCAACAUCACCCGCUGCUGCGCCUCUGCUGGAACAAACAGGACCCCAACUACUUGGCCACCAUGGCCAUGGACGGCAUGGAGGUGGUGAUUCUGGAUGUACGUGUGCCGUGCACACCAGUGGCUCGGCUCAAUAAUCAUCGUGCCUGUGUAAAUGGCAUCGCAUGGGCGCCCCACUCCUCCUGCCACAUAUGUACAGCAGUAGCGGACGAUCACCAGGCUCUGAUCUGGGACAUUCAGCAGAUGCCACGGGCCAUCGAGGACCCCAUCCUGGCCUACACAGCUGAGGGAGAGAUCAACAAUGUGCAGUGGGCCUCCACUCAGCCCGACUGGAUCGCCAUCUGCUACAACAACUGUCUGGAGAUCCUGCGGGUGUAGUGCUGAUGCUGAAAGCGCCCCUGUGCUUCCUGUGUGCCGAGCUCAGGGCUGAUAGCUGAAGAAGUCUUGAAGAGCAGCAGAGACUUGUUUUCUAACGUUCCUGAGGUCUAUAGGUUUCAACGGGGAGAGGACAUGACUGGGCCUAUGGGAACAAUAGUCUGAACAAUGUGUGUGAAUCUUUUGUCCGAGAGAAUGAGGCAGUGUGAAUGAGUAUCUAUUUCUGCACAAUAUAUCAAAAUGGUCUGUUUUCCUACUUGCUGAUGCCCCAGAGUCCUCAUAUUGUGAUCUUAAAUAAAACUUUAAUUUACCAUAAUUGUAUGGCAAUUUAUGUUGGGAGAAAUAAUAUGUUUAUUGUUUAUUCUGUUUCACAGGUCCUUUAACCUGCAGAUUAUUAGAUCUCUAAAUUUCCAUCAAGCAUAAAUGUAUUUCCAUUUUUCUUCAUUUCAGGAAGGUGCCAUUGUUUUGGGUUGAACUGUUAACUGUUACAGAGAAAAAAUGUAUGAUGAUAUAAGCACGGCAAAACCUUCAUAAUUUGCUCCUCAGUCCCUCAGGUACUGAAUCACAUUAGCAGUUAGUCUUUGAGAAAAUGUCUAAUUCAUUUGAAGAUAUAUUACUGCUCAGUAACUGUGAGAAGAGCCCCUCUUAUAUUUCCCCAUGUUAUUUUUAGAAAAAAGUUUGUUCCCUUUCAGCAUGCUUGUGCUCAAAGUUAAAUGUGUACUGUAUACAUAUAUAAAUAUUAUAUACAAGGUAGGACAAAAGUGUCACUUCUCCAGAAUAAUUUUGCAUUGCAAGUCAUUUGGUCUGUCCAUAAAUUCUGUUGUUAUGCAAUUAUGAUGUAGUAGUAAUGCCACUAUUUUGGGUCAAGACUGAAAUCAAAAGUGAAUUUGCAAGGCUGUGUGAGGUACACAUCCUCAACUCGCACUCUUAGAUGGAGUGUUUAUAUAAGUCAUUCAGUGUGUGUCCAGCCAUAAUGUUUUUUCUAUUAAUAAACUCUUGUUCUUUCAUAAA